GCAGUGAAUCACUUAAUGUGUGUGAGAAAGUGUGAGUGUGUGGUCCUACAUGCAUGCACAAAUGUGCGUGUUGUGUGUUGUGCAAUGAUGAUGUCAUUCAUGUUGUUGACAUCAUCACAGCACCUUUUGGGGAACGCAUCAGUGAUGUCAUUUGGCAAUCAAGCCCGAGUGAACGGGGUCACGUGCAUGCGCCUGCGUCCACAGGUCAGACGGUGUGUUUGGGCGGAGCUUGGCGGGCGUGCUACAAGAUGGCGUACUUCCACGACAUGUCCAGCCGCGUCGACUUCAGGGAGGCGGAGCUUGCGUGUCACAUGGACGGCGGCGCGCUCGUUAGCAUUCGCACGCCACAAGAACAACAACACAUACAGAGGCUACUAGAGGAGUUGCGUUCAGGCUCGGGAAUAUCAGACGGAGAUUUCUGGAUCGGUUUGACCCGCGUGGACCAAGAGGAGGGGAAUCCUCCUGACGGCGUCACUUCCUGUCCACAGCGAUACAGGUGGACCGACGGCAGCGCGGCGUCCUUCAGGAAGUGGUACUUGGACGAGCCGUCGUGCGGCGCCGAGUCGUGCGUGGUGAUGUACCACCAGCCGGGUGCAGUUCCGGGAGUGGGCGGGGCUUACCUCUACCAAUGGAACGACGACCGAUGCGCCAUGAAACAUAAUUUCAUCUGCAAAUAUCAGCCCGCAGGGCGCCACCCGGAGGAGGAGCUUGGCACCACGGCCGGUGGUGGGCGGGGCACAGGUUGGGCAUCGACAAAAACACGUGACUAUGCCUGCACAUACUCUUCCUCAUCUUUCUCCUCCAUAUUCACGUUUUCGUUCGUUUGUGAAGAGGCCUCACUGGAUGGGGGGCGUCAGGUCACCUUAACUGGGGCUUCAGGCACGUUGCUGAUGUACGUGAUCCUUCCCACAAUCCCCGUCCUGCUGCUUAUCCUGCUGGCCGCCGGAACUUGCUGCUUCCACGUGCUCAGCGGAAGGUCCCGAAUAUUUUUUUGUAAAAUUGUGUGUGCAGUGUUGGUUGCUCGGACUAAAUACCGAGCAGAGGGUCUGACUACUUCUGGCUGUGUGAUAGUUCAGUUUUUCUUUUUUUACAAAAUCUGCAAACAUUUCAAUAAUUCCUUUUUUUUCUGCUUUGUGUACAUUAAGGAAAAACAUUUAAGUGGGUCCGAAUACUUCGCGUACCCACUGUACAAUGCCAGUUUUGACGAAUAUCGGUGAUGCCAGUAACGUUAGUAACACUUUACACCAAAAUGGUCACCAUUCGAGUUUCGUAACGUUACGAGUUAUAGUACGCUGAGAAAUUGAAAUACUUAGCACUCUAAUUACAUUUUCAACUUGCAAUUGUAACCAACUACAUUUCCAAAGUCAUCUUCCCAACACUGUGUGUGUGUGUGUGUGUGUUCUGUAACAUGAUGACAUCAUCACUGUGGCUCCUCCCACAGCCCAGCAGCGAGGCAGGCCAACCUUUGGAUUUCCAAGACCCCCAAAGGUGACAUCACGGAGCCGUGACGCCAUCCGUCGGUCAAUGAAGGGGGCGGAGUCAGGAGUGUCACGCGACAUUUAUUUCAUCUCCACGAUCGCUAAAUCAUGACAUCACACCCAAAAAAUAAAAGUUCAACGUUUGUCACUCAUCGAUUACUGAUAUGUUUCAGCUUCAUCUGCUUCAGUGUUUUGAACAAUUUUGUGCA